CCCCAUAAAAAAACAAAAAAUAGUGGAUGAGCUUGAGUUCGCUCUUCAAAGCCCAAUUUCUGGCUAGGUCCAACACGAAGCUCGCUCAUCCUAUCGUUGCUUGUAAUGCAAAAAAAUAUACUGGUGGGUUUUUCGCCGGGAGCCUUAAACCCAGAGCUUUGAGCUGGUUUUUUGGUGAUAUUUCGGUAGAUUAGCAUACUGAUAGGAAGGAAAAAGAAGAGGAAGAAGAAGAAUAACGGAGCAGCUUCAAAGUCCUGGAUAAAUGCUCCAGACACUACCGAUAGCAUCAUCUAUAUGGAAUCCAUCUCAGAGGGGUGCCUGUUUAGAGGUCAUGGAAUUUAAGAGGUCUCAAUUAUCAUCCUUGAGUCAGUGUCCUCUUUAUUUCAAGUUUCAGAACAAAUGGGUUCAGAAUGGUAAGGCACCAGUUUCAGAAACUUUCAUCUAUGCCUGUCAGAGGCCCAGACAGUACCCUGCUGGCAAGAAGCAAGGGGUAUAUUCCCAAAAUGUGGAUCUUCCACCUGUACUACCUAAGAAAAAGAAGAAGCCUUAUCCCAUUCCUUUUAAGAAGAUCCAGAGAGCUGCAAGGAAGGAUAAGAAACUUGCAGAGAGGGGUCUAGAGAAGCCACUUCAGCCUCCAAAAAAUGGAAUACUUGUUCCUGAUCUUAUUCCUGUUGCAUAUGAUGUGCUAGAUGCGUGGAAAGUUUUGAUCAAAGGCCUUGCACAGCUUUUGCAUGUGAUUCCUGUUUAUGGUUGCAGUGAGUGCUCUGAAGUUCAUGUGGCUCAUACUGGUCACCAUAUUCAGGACUGCAAAGGUCCAAGUAGCUCAAAACGUUAUGGUUUACAUUCAUGGGUCAAGGGUUCCAUCAACGACAUACUUAUUCCCAUAGAGUCAUAUCACCUUUAUGAUCCUUUUGGCCUGCGCAUCAAGCAUGACACACGGUUCGAAUAUGACAGGAUUCCAGCUGUUGUGGAGCUAUGCAUCCAAGCUGGUGUUGACAUACCAGAGUACCCUUCAAGACGAAGAACCAAACCCAUCAGGAUGAUGGGAAAGAAAGUAAUUGAUCGAGGUGGAUAUGUUGAUGAGCCUAAGCCAUGGCGCUCUGUGGAUCCAUCCUCGUCCUCAAUUGUUGAUCUUGACACUUGUGGAGCUUGUGGGCGAUUUCCAGCUCCUCCACUCGAAGAUGUACCAAGCAUUGCACAGGAGACAAUGAAUGCACAUGAGAUUGUUCGAUCAGGUGUGAUGACGUUGAUGAGGAAGUACACUGUAAAAGCAUGUGGAUAUUGCUCAGAGGUCCAUGUAGGGCCAUGGGGUCACAAUGCUAAACUUUGUGGAGAAUUUAAGCACCAGUGGAGAGAUGGGAAGCAUGGUUGGCAGGAUGCUACAGUUGCUGAAGUUUUCCCACCAAAUUACGUUUGGCAUGUUCGAGACCCAAAGGGACCUCCCUUGAGAGGUGCAUUAAAGAGAUUUUAUGGCAAGGCUCCAGCUGUGGUUGAAGUGUGCAUGCAAGCUGGAGCUCAAGUCCCUAGCAGAUAUAAGCCCAUGAUGAGGCUUGACAUUAUAGUCCCAGAAAGUGAUGAGGCCAGCCUAGUUGCAUAGUAGGAUCUUCAAAUUUAUUGACAAUCCAUUUUUGUGCUGUAUCUUUUGAACUUUGUUUUAUUUGUUCAUAUUGCUAUUGUGAUAUACGUAGCUAGAGAUGGAGAAGCCAUAUUCAGCGCUGUAUUUAUGUAAAAGAUGGGGUGGAACCUUUCAUGAAAGUCUUUAAAUAUUGAAGUCGAACAUUUC